CCGAAAUGCGCAAGCGCGUUUAGUGAAUUUUAUCAUUUGGCGGGCAAUCGUUGACUAACCGCUUUAUUCGUGUUCGGUCGUGAGAAAGCGUUGGAAGAAUUAUCGUAGAAAAUGGCUGGCGGUAAAGCAGGUAAAGACUCUGGAAAAGCAAAAGCAAAGGCGGUUUCUCGUUCAGCUCGCGCUGGAUUGCAGUUCCCCGUUGGUAGAAUCCACAGACACUUAAAGAACCGUACAACUAGCCAUGGUCGCGUUGGGGCUACAGCAGCCGUAUAUUCAGCCGCUAUUUUGGAAUAUUUGACUGCUGAAGUGUUGGAAUUGGCAGGAAAUGCCAGUAAGGAUUUAAAAGUAAAGAGAAUCACUCCUCGUCACUUGCAGUUGGCAAUCAGGGGAGAUGAAGAACUCGACAGUCUUAUUAAGGCCACCAUCGCAGGAGGUGGUGUCAUUCCCCACAUCCACAAAUCCCUAAUUGGAAAGAAGGGUGCACAUUCACAGCCCGCCUAGUUUAAUACGUUAUUAAUAAAAAUAAUAUAAGUAUAGUUUUUAUAUAAAGACUUGACAAUGUGUCAAUGAUGUGUUUUAAUAUUGUUGGGCACAUUUAACUGUAUGCAAGGCAUUGCAGGUCCUGUUCAAAUUCUAAAUUGUUUCACAUGUUUUUAAUUUUCAGCCGAUAAAUGUAUUUUUUGAAAACUGUACUGAUUUCUUUGAAUGUGCCUUGUCCAUUACAACAAAUUUCAUUUGUAAUUAGAAUUAGGGAUAUUUUAGAUUAGCUGUUCAAUUUUACAUUUUAAAUAAAUGUAUCUUGUGUUCAUUUCGUAUUAAUAAAAAGUUUCUAUAUUAA